AGACUGUUGGCGUGGUCAAUGGUACAGAAAUGGGGUUUAAGCAAAGGCGUGGCUUUCUGGGUUUUGGCGAUCUCGUUGGAUAGGGAGAGAGCAAAGGGAGGAGAGAGAAUCGACAAGGGAGAAGGGAUGGUGGGGAAUUACAACUAAGCAAAUGUUCGAAAGAAAAUUCUGUUCUCGAAUUUGAGAUCCGGGAGGAACAAAGAGCAUGCAUAAGAUUUGGAGCCGGAAUCUUACAGACGCUUCUCAAUUCCAAGAUCUUCUUGAUUCCGUAGCUCGCCGGAUUCUGAGCUUUCUCCGACGAGCAGCUCUGUCGAGAAUUUAGGGAAUCCGAUGCGUUUCUAGCGCAAGUUGGUCUUUGUGAGGAGAGCCGGACGGUUGUCCGCGAGAAUUUCAUCGAAAGGUUUUUAAUGAUAGGUUUGGAUACAAUUUGCCAGUAUUUCGGCGACGUUCCUGGUUUUGGCUGGUUUUUCUUCGAUUCUUUCUUUCGUUGGUUCCAUGGUUGCACGGGAAUUGCUCAUGUAGGAGAAGCAAAUCAUAUACCUGAGGCUAAUGGUUUUCCCCGACUUAAACUCCAUAUAUAUUGAUGCUUUAAUUGGAGGAUCAAUAGAAAUUUUACAAACUUUCAUGAUCAGGCUUAUAGGCUUCUUCUUGUGGACCUAAUUCCCUUUUUUUUAAAACUUGUGGAUUCCUUCAAGUCACAAAUUUGUGCUAUACUUGAGGGAUUUCUGGCAGAUCAAGCUUCCUUUAUCUUUGCCAGGUUUUUUUUUUUUUUUUUUUUUUUUUGUAUUUUAUGGGCGCAGAGAUUCUUUUUUGCAGAACCAGGGGGUAUGUAAUCUAGGCUGAAUCUUCAAACUUUGGAAAGUUUUUAAAGUUUUGAUAGCAAAUAUUGCAACUUCUGCUGUAUAUCUUUUUAACAUGAGUAUCUAAGAUAUGGUGUUGCGGAAGAGACUGGACUAUAGAAUUAAUGGCUAUCAUUUUCCUUCAUUUCCUCAAAUCCCAUUAUCUGCAAAGGGCAAGCGAUCUGUUAGAAAGAGAAAUGUGGAAAAUCGCAUGUGUGCAUUCGACUUGCUUGCAGCUGUGGCAGGGAAGUUACUUGAAAGAGAUAAAUCCUCAUCUACUAGCGAAGUUCCAGGAUCCUCAAUGACUCUGAAACUGUCUGGAACUUCUUUAGUUUCCUUUUGUUCUGGCGUGUCAAAUGAGGCGAUUAUGGAAGAAAGAGGAUCUUCACUUUCUGCUAAAGUAAGUAUAGGAGAUAAUGUAGCUGAAAAUUGUAAGACAACUCAUUCACUUGAGGAAACUGUAGUUGAUGGAAAUUCUUCAGACUCUUAUAACUUGAAUGGUUCAUUUGAAUCUGAUGUUAAGCCUCCUUUACUUGAGCCUGAGAGCAGCAUGGAGGUUCACAUUUCUAGAGAUGGUGAUCCUUACACUAGUUCUUUCCCCCAUUCCUGGGAUGGUUUGGAACUACCUGUACAUAGUGAUGAUGACGAAAACUCUUCCCGGUGCACUCAUCCUUGCACCACUACUAUUAAGGCUUCAAAGCCUAAUAUAGGAGAACAUAGGUUAGGAAAGGUUUUGGCAAGCAGGCACUGGAAAGUGGAUUUGGGUGCUGCAAAACAUGCUGAGCUUUCUCAAACUGACGGAGAUCCCAAGCGUGGUUUCCGAAGCAGGAAAAUUAGUUAUAAAGGCCAAAGGACUCCAAGGAUUUCAUUUGAAAGAAGGAAGCUGUUUAACCGAUACUCAAUAUCAGCAUCUCACAAAGGGUUAAAUAGAGCUGGUGUUUUCAAUAUUUUUAAGAAAAAUGACUUCUUAGAGGGAAUUGGUUCUGCAGCAUUGCAUGGAGUAAAAGGGACACGUUCCAUCAUUACAGAGCAACUUUCAGCACAUAAACCAGAAGAUUUACAUGUAAAACUCAGUAUCAAGUCUUUCAUAGUUCCUGAGCUUUUCAUUGAAAUUCCUGAAACUGCUACUGUUGGCUCUUUGAAGAGGACAGUAAUGGAGGCAAUAACUACAAUUAUUGGGAGUGGAUUGCGUGUGGGUGUUCUUUUCCAGGGAAAGGAUGUCAGUGAUGAUGAUAGAACUUUAAUUCAAGCUGGAAUCUCUCAUGCCAAUGAAUUGGAUGAAUUGAGUUUUAGUCUGGAGCCCAAUUCUACCUUCCCCUCGGCCUCAAGAUAUUCAAAUUCUAGCAGGCCGCACUUGUUUCUUCCAUGUGAUAGUACUGAACCACUGAGUAGGCUUCCAGCUGCUCUUUCUUUUGAUCAGGGAAGAAAUGAUUCCAGUUCAUAUCAUGCGUUGACUUCUGCAAUAAUCUGUCACGAAAGUAAUGUCAACUCAGAUUCACCUUCAGCAGAUAGAAUAGAAUCUGUGCAGGCACUUUCUGCUAGGCCAGCGAUAACUGCUGAGGUACUCUCUGUUGUUCCUGCGGAUAAGCUUAAACGGUCUGAGCUUGUGCAGCGAAGAAUAAGGAGGCCUUUCACUGUAUCGGAAGUGGAGACACUUGUGAAGACGGUUGAAAAGCUUGGAACUGGAAGGUGGAGAGAUGUUAAGAUUCAGUCUUUUGAUGAUGCAAAAUAUCGCACUUAUGUUGAUUUGAAGGACAAGUGGAAGACAUUAGUGCACACAGCGAGAAUCUCUCCUCACCACAGAAGGGGAGAACCCGUCCCUCAAGAACUACUGGACCGGGUUCUUCGUGCCCAUGCUUACUGGUCCCACCAGCAGGCCAGCCUUCAGCCCAAGUCACCUUCAGCUGAACCUUGCCUUGGACCCUAACAACAGAUUGUGCGAUCCCUGUACAAAAUUCAGCCAGGCUUCCUGCUCUCUGUGAAUUCUCUACUGGAGAGGGCUUUCAUGUUGCUUGUACUUGAAAUCAGUCUGCUAUUGCUUGCAGCCUCAUCAAAGUUUGAAUUUGUUUGAUUGAUUUACUAAAUUGUUCAUUUUAACAAGACUGAAUAAUGGGGGAUGUUUAAUUUUUCAAAUUUUAUGUCGUAAUAACGGUUGAAGUUAAAUUUGGAGAAUUUGAUGUACUCUGCUUGUUGCUUUCAUUGAACUGAUU